CGCAUGGCCAUGAGAGGGUGGUUGACCACCGGUGGAUGGAGGUGGAGAGCUACCGUAGGACGGUGGAGGGUUUUUAUGCCCAUGAGAUGGAGGUGUGUGAUGGCCGUGAGACGGUGAAGACGGAGGGGAAUGAUGGCUAUGAGGCGGUGAAGACGGAGGAGUGUAUCCACGAGAAGGCGGCGGAGUUCCUCCGCCACCGUAGGGUAGUUGAGAUCCACCGCCGCCGUGGGGUGGCGGUUGAUGAUGAUGUCCAUGAGAUGGAGGAGGUGUGUUCCCAUGAGAGGGAGGAGAAUAGCCACCGCCGCCACCACCACCGGAAGGCGGUCCACGAGAUGGAGGAGGCGUGUUCCCUUGAGAAGGAGGAGAAUAACCACCGCCGCCACCGGAAGGCGGUUGAUGUCCACGUGAUGGAGGAGGUGUGUUCCCAUGAGAGGGAGGAGAAUAGCCACCGCCGCCACCGCCACCACCGGAAGGCGGUUGAUGUCCACGAGAUGGAGGAGGUGUGUGCCCUUGAGAAGGAGGAGGAUAACCACCGCCGCCACCAGAAGGUGGUUGAUGUCCGCGUGAUGGAGGAGGUGUGUUCCCAUGGGAGGGAGGAGAAUAACCACCACCACCGCCACCGGAAGGCGGUUGAUGUCCAUGAGAUGGAGGAGGUGUGCUCCCUUGAGGUGGAGAGUAACCACCUCCUCCUCCGCCACCAGAAGGCGGUUGAUGUCCACGUGGAGGAGUACCAUGAUGAGAAGGUGGCGGGUUUGCACCGGAGGGAGGUGGAGACCCACUGCCGCCGGAGGGAGGUGGUGGGUUCCCUUGAGAAGGAGGAGAAUAACCGCCACCACCACCAGAAGGCGGUGGAUUCCCACGUGGAGGAGUACCAUGAUGAGAAGGCGGCGGGUAGGUGCCGGAGGAAGGCGGAGACCCACUGCCGCCUGAGGAAGGAGGUGGGGUCAAAGGUUGCUGGCGAGGAGGUGGCGGAGGAUAUCCAUAGCCGCCUUGUGAAUUGGCCGGCGAUAUAACAAAAUAUAGUUUAAGUUUAAAAAUAAAUAAAUAAAAAAAAAGGUAGACAGUCAGGCAGUUAGGCAGUUACUAGUUACAGGCAGUUUUAUGACAGUUUCCAACAGAUGUGUUGGUUAGAAACUGUUGUGUCUAUUUGUAAUGGUUGUGUUGUUUAGUCCUCUAUUUAUAUGUAUGGGCACAUUGUUCUGGACAGCAGUUCCACAAUAAAAACACACUGUUUCU